AUGGAUGAAAUCAAAGGUUGGGAAUUUAAAAAUAAAAAAUUAGAAAUUGAAGCAAUCACCCAUAAAUCGUUUGCCAUCGAACAACCUGAAAAUGGUCCCCAUAAUGAAAGACUUGAAUGGAUAGGCGACUCCAUAAUCUCUACGGUAGUUGCUGAUUAUCUCUUUUUUCGUUUUCAAGAUUAUAAAGAAGGCGCUCUUACAACUUUGAGGGCAAACAUUGUUUGUAAGGAAGCCUUAGCUGGAUUUGCUCGUAAAUUAGGUUUAGAUAAUGAACUUAGGUUGGGAAAAGGUGCAUUAGCAGCGGGUGAUAGAAAUAAUGAAAGAAUUUUAGAAGAUACUUUUGAAGCAUAUAUUGGUGCUAUUUAUUUGGAUUGCGGAAGAAAUUUAAAUGGUGUUAUGGAAUUUAUGGAACCAAUUAUUAAACCAUUUGUGGACGAUUUGCUUGCAAACUCUGAAAACGGUCAUAAUUCAUCUCCUCCUAAAAACGUAGGAAUUGUAUAUGGUCCUAUGAAUAAACCAAUAGAAUCUGAUUCGUUGGAAAAUCCGAUAGGAAAAUUACAACAUUGGGCUCAAGCUAGAGGGUUUAAAAUACCUGAAUAUAAGCACAUUGAAAAACAAUUUGAAAAUAAACCAGGCUUCGAAUGUGAAGUCAUUAUUGAGGGUAAAAGUUAUGGUGUUGGCUUGAGUAGUAAUAAGAAAGAUGCAAAGAAAAAAGCGGCGAUUAAUGCUCUAGGAGCACUUUCCGAAUAA